AUGUCUGGAAAAACUGCGAUAAUUUUGUUGGCACCAGAAGGAGCUGAAGAAAUGGAAGCAGUUAUUACUGGUGAUGUUUUAGUUCGCGCUGGAGUUCAAGUUCAAUAUGUUGGUCUUGAAGCAAAUGUGAAAUGUUCGCGAGGAAUUCGAGUUAUUCCAGAUGUUUUGAUUGAUGAUGUUAAGGAGAAAUUGUUCGAUUUGGUUGUUCUUCCAGGCGGACAACCCGGAAGCAAUUUAUUGGCUGCUGUGAGUUUAUUUUUAAUUUUUUUGUUAAAAAUGACAUUGGAAAAAGAUUACGUUGAAUUAUUUUCAAAACAAAUUUUUUAAAUGAAAUUUCCACGACAUAGUUCACAGUCGAAAACUUGAAGUUAUACACAAAAAAUCGGAUCACUGUUGAAAAUUGGAUUUUUUUUAAAGUUUCUGGCUUCAGAAAAACUAUGAAGUCAUGCAAAAUUUUCUAAAAUAUCUAUUCUUCUAAAACAUUGUCCAAUAUUGUUCAGAAUGAAACAGUUGGAUCAAUUUUGAAAUCUCAUAUUGCUGCUGGUAAAUAUGUAGCAGCUAUUUGCGCGGCUCCUCUUGCUCUCAAAGCACAUGGAAUUAAAGUUGAAUUAUUGACAAGUCAUCCAUCGGUCAAGAAAACUCUUGAAGAAGCUGGCUAUAAAUAUUCGGAAGAUCGUGUUGUUGUCUCGAAUAAUGUGAUAACUUCAAGAGGACCUGGAACAUCUUUUGAGUUUGCUUUGAAACUUGUUGAAUUGUUAGUUGGAGAAGAGAAAUCGAAAAGUUUGAUUGAUCCAAUGGUUCUCAAAUUGUAA